AUGAAAAUGGCUUGGGAAGAAGAUGAGGAUGGAACUCUAAUUGGGGAUUUUACUCGAUUUGAGAAUGGCCGUGUCGCUUUUAUCCAAGCGUUUGAUAACAUUCUGGAUCAGGAAGACUUUUGUCGUAUAGCCAACCAUGUUAAAGGCGAGAGGAUGGAAAUCUAUUCUCAUGAGAGUGGAAAGUUGAUUUAUUAUGGAGAAUUCAACGAGAAUCGUGAGAGAGAUGGAUGGGGAAUUGAGUAUGACGAAGAAUCAGGUAAAAUGUUGCUAGAGGGAGUAUGGAAAAAGAACAGACUGGUGAAGAUCAUCCGCAAGAUUGAGGGAACCACCAUGAUCGAAUUCAAGGAAAGCGGUGAAAACACUAUUGCUUCGAACCGAAUCCCAAUGUAUAUCGGCGGAUUUGUUUAUGAUGAAUCGAAAGAAUCGUUUCUUCGAGAUGGUCGAGGAUACUGGAUCGAUGAAGAAACUCGGAUUGCUACUCGCGAAGUGGAAUGGAAAGAUGGAGUGGAAGUGAGUGGAAGAGAUCUCUAUGAUGGAUGGUACACUCAAUCGGCCAAACCGAUACUAAUCCCGAAACCAAAACCAAAACCAAAAAUCAAGCCAAUACUGAUACCGAAACCUGAACCUGUGCAAACAACGAAGUCCAUACACAUUAGAAGUUCGAAUUCGGUAAAUAUAAAUACUUUGGAUAUAGAAGUGACAGAUUUGGUAAUUGAUUCGUAUUGCCACACUAGUGUAAACUAUUUGGAUUUCAGCAAAUUUGAGAGGCUGCGUUCAAUCGAAAUCAAGGAUUAUUGUUUCUCAUCAGUGAGAUCAUUCAGAAUCGAUGGACUGAGUCGAUUAAAGAGUUUGAAAAUCGGAGCUAAUUCAUUUACUGAAGUGUUUUUAUCUGACUGGAAUAGUAAUUGGCAAGGGGCGAUUGAAAAGGGGAAAAAGACGGACUCUAGCUUUCGAAUAAGUAACUGUGAAAAGUUGGUAUCAAUUGAAAUUGGUGAAUUCAGCUUCUUUGAUCAUGGAGGUUCAUUUGAAUUAGUGAAUCUUCCAUCCCUGUCUUCUAUUUCAAUUGGAUUUGUAAGACAGGAAUCCGGCAAUUUCUGGUGGGCUACAUUAAUAAUUAAAGGUAUUAUCUGUGAAUACAAUAUACUUGUAUAG